AUAAAAAAAAAAAUUUGCGAAGGCUCUCUUUCUGGACAAUAUAUCCGCUGUCUGACUCCUGUUAAAAUCCUUCUUUCUUUAUGAGUUUUCUCGUCCCUUUCGAUUCUCUCUACCCUUCGUAUUCAUUUCUUCUGCUACCCAGAAAAACACAGAUCGAGAACCCACAGUGAGAGAUAGAGAGAGAAGGGGCGUAUUUGAUGUGACGGAGUUGUGAGAGAAAGCCCUCUCUUCUCUCCUCUUCCUGAAUUUCUUCGAUUCCAUUAACCGAAUUGGAGGGAUCUUAAAGGGUGGAACUUUCAGAAGUGCAGUUCUUUGAUCGGAAAUCUAAGAAGGAUUCUGUUGAAUUUGAGAGAGAAUCGAUAAUGGCCGGAUCAGACGCGAACAAUAACCCGGGUGUGAUUGGACCUGCCCCUACUAUGCAAGUGGGUCUUCGCGCCGGAGUCGGGAAAUUGCCGGCGGUGGCCGCCGCAGGAGGGAAUCGUCGGGCGUUGAGUGCCCUCAAUCGGAAUAUAAUUGGAGCUCCGACUUACCCACCUAUUAAGCAAUGUGAUAACAAGAAUCAACCUGUCCAUCGUCCUAUCACUAGGAGAUUUGCUGCACAACUAGCCACCAAUGAAGUGUUUGUAAAUCCAAAACAAAUGUUGUGUGAACAGGAACUGAAAGAUGAAUCACAAGACAUCUCGAUCAUUGAUGCAGAAGAAGAAGACUUCGCAUUCUCUGAACCAAUGUUUGUACAACACACUGAAGCAAUGCUGGAAGAGAUUGACAGAAUGCAGGAAGUGGAAAUGGAGGAUGUAGCUUCUGAAGAAGAAGAAGGCCAAGACUCAGUUGUAGAUAUAGAUGCUUGUGACAAGAACAACCCACUUGCUGUGACUGAAUACAUCAACGAUUUGUACACAUUCUACAGGAAAUCUGAGGUUACAAGUGCUGUCUCACCGCGCUAUAUGGCAAACCAAUUUGAUAUCAAUGAAAGGAUGAGAGGCAUUCUCAUCGACUGGUUGAUUGAGGUGCACUACAAGUUUGAGUUAAUGGAGGAGACUCUUUAUCUUACUGUGAAUCUCAUUGAUAGAUUCUUGGCUGUUCAUUCUGUUGUGAGGAAGAAACUCCAGCUGGUUGGAGUUACAGCCAUGCUUCUUGCUUGCAAAUAUGAAGAAGUCUCGGUGCCUGUUGUGGAUGAUCUCAUCCUAAUUUCUGACAAGGCUUACAGUAGAAAAGAAGUCCUUGACAUGGAGAAGUUAAUUGUGAACGCCUUGCAGUUCAAUAUGUCAGUCCCAACUCCAUAUGUUUUCAUGAAGAGAUUUCUCAAAGCUGCUCAAUCUGACAAAAAGCUUGAGCUUCUAUCAUUCUUCCUGAUCGAGCUGUGCUUAGUGGAGUAUGAAAUGCUUAAAUACCCACCUUCACUGAUGUCUGCUGCUGCAAUCUACACGGCACAGUGCUGCCUCAAUGGCUCUAGCCAGUGGAACAAAACUCAUGAGUGGUACACCAGCUACUCAGAAGAGCAACUUCUGGAAUGCUCAAGGCUGAUUGUGGGAUUUCAUCAGAAUUCUGGGACAGGGAGGCUAACUGGUGUCCACAGAAAGUACAGUACUUCGAAGUUUGGAUUUGCUACAAGAACUCAACCUGCUAACUUCCUGCUACUCACGUAGAAGAAAGGGGUGAGUUGAUUUGAUGGUUUGACUGAGAUUCAUUUGAGGAUGAAACCUGCAACUGAAGUUGGGGGGGAAGUAACAAAUUGACAUGAUCAGCAACUGAAGUUGCCGUGGGGAAGAGAACUAUACACUCUUCCUCUUGUUCUCUUUCAUUUUCUUUGCUGAACUAUUAUUACUACAUCCGAUUGACCCUUUGGUCAAUUUGUAAUGGUAUGUGGAUAUGUGAUGGAACAAACAAAAACACAAGGCAAAAUCACUGUUCUUACUUACUUUGCUCUUUCUCUUCAAGAGUGUUAGUGGAAAUAAUAAAAUAGAUAGUUUGGAUUCAAGGUUUCAAGUGUGUGCAUUCCUUUCUUCUGAGUCACUUCAGCGCCACCCAAGUAAAAGUCUGUCUUUUUUAACAUUUACAUGUUCAUUCAUUCGUUAGUGUACUGGUUUGCUAUUAGGUGUGAAUGUAUGAGUAAAAGCACUUGUUAGGUACUCAAAUUUAUGUGGAAAAUUGUGGUUUAAAAGUUUACAGGAACAUGCGAUGCGGUCCACUAUAAUGCUGCUUGUUACGUGGGAUGAGAAUUGAGUAGACGUUGGCCUUAAAUCUUUGGCCUAAUGGAAUGUCAACAUUUGUUGGUUUGACACAAGUACCCAAUUGGGCAAUUUUUCUUGAAAUAUCUGCAUUUUCAGAUUUCAUCAUUGAUUUUAAAUCUCUCCUCAAUCGGAAAUAAUGGGGAAGAUCAUCACUUUUUAAUUUUACUAGUAAGGAAGCCCGCGCUCCGCGGCGAGGAGAUCAUAUUGGGAAAAUGUUGAGUUUUUAGUGGAAAUUGGCACAUUUUUUUCACAUGAGU